CAGGGCGCGCGCCGUCCCUCAGCCUGUGGGGAGUGGAUAAAGUGCAGCUCCAGCGCGAGACUCAGGUUUCACUGUUUUUCCGUGGGCCGCCUGAACUCGGCCGGACUGAGACCGCCUUUGUUCAGCGGAGAGAGUGAGAGAGAGGGAGGUGAAGGAGGAGAGAGCGCGAGCAGGAGCGAGCGAGAGAGAGAGAGAGAGAGAGAGAGAGAGAGAGAGAGAGAGAGAGAGGAGAGGGGCAUCCUGGUGCGCGCGCGCUGCUGCAGGACCGCUGAGACUGUGCCAUGGCUCGGGGAGACACUGCACUUCUGAGAGUGACUCUGAGGCUCCUCUGCCUCGCUGCUCUGUGGCACUGCCAUCCGGGGACUGCCUUCCAGCUGCAGGACGAGAGGGGAUCGAGUGGGCAGCUGGAUCUGACGGAGCUAAUCGGUGUUCCUCUCCCUCCCUCUGUCUCCUUCAUCACCGGAUUCGAGGGUUUCCCUGCAUACAGCUUUGGUCCUGAUGCCAACGUGGGCCGCCUCACGCGUUCCUUCAUCCCGGACCCUUUCUUCCAGGACUUUGCCAUCAUCGUCACUGCCAAGCCCACCACUCGCCGUGGAGGAGUCCUCUUCGCCAUCACUGACGCCCUGCAGAAGAUCGUGCACUUAGGAGUAGCGUUAGCGCCAGUGGAAGAUGGCUCACAGCGAGUGGUUCUGUACUACACUGAACCAGGAUCCACACGCACUCAGGAGGCUGCUUCCUUUAAGAUGGGGGACCUGACGGGCCGCUGGGCCAGGUUCACUCUGGUGGUGCAGGGCGAGGAGGUGAAGCUCUAUAUGGAUUGUGAGGAGCACCACAGGGUGGCUUUCCACAGGAGCCAGGAGAGGCUGACCUUCCAGCCCAGCUCUGGGAUCUUCGUGGGGAAUGCAGGAGGGACCAGGCUGGAGAGGUUUGUGGGAUCUAUCCAGCAGUUAGUGCUGACUCCAGACCCGCGAGCCCCUGAUGAGCAGUGUGAGGAGGAUGACCCCUAUGCAUCUGGGUACGGCAGUGGGGAUGACGUAUAUGAUGACACAGAGACGAUGGACGAAGUGAAGAAAGUAGUAGAAGAGAGAAAAUUCCCCCUGCAGGAAGAGGAGGAAGAUGAGACCAUUCCUGUCAGAGCGCCCCCUACUGAAGCAUCCGCUGUAGCUCCAUCUGAUGAUGAGGACCUGGAGGAGGAGGGGUCCUCUGGACAAGAGAUUGAGGUCAUCAAUGAGAAAAAACCAACCAAGAUGGAAGAAGCAGUUUAUCAAAAAGGAGACGAGUACCCCUUAAUGGUGCCAGGACACAAAGGAGAGAAAGGAGAACGAGGAGAUCCUGGACCUCCUGGAGCUCCAGGACUUCCAGGCACAUCUAGUCCAUCAGGUCCAAGAGGAGACAACGCCGAAUGGUUUGGAACGCCAGGAGCAAAGGGCCCACCAGGACCUCCCGGCACUCCAGGGAAAGAUGGCCUACCUGGCAGCCGUGGAAAUGAUGGAGCACAAGGUGAAACUGGAACUCCAGGUUUUCCAGGCCUUCCAGGUGAUCCAGGACUCAAAGGGGAAAAGGGUGAUGCUGGAGUUGGUCAACCUGGACCACCUGGGCCUCCAGGACCACCAGGACGAUCAGGGAGGAUUCCAUACGUGGAUGCCAUUGAUGGCUCUGGAUUUGAGGACUUUGACAGCGAUACUGAAGUCAUCAGGGGUCCACCGGGUCCUCCAGGGCCUCCGGGGCAGCCUGGCCCUCCUGGCUCCUCCGCAGGUCUCUCUCAAGGACCAACAGGGCCUCCAGGAGCACCUGGGAAAGAUGGGAAGGAUGGAGAGAUGGGUAAACCUGGAAUCCCAGGUAUUAAUGGCAGGGAUGGUCAACCAGGACAAGAGGGAUUGAAGGGAGAGAAGGGUGAAGCAGGGUUGCCUGGACUGGCAGGGUCAAAGGGUGAUCCAGGCCAGCCAGGUGUCCCAGGACUUCCAGGACCUGUAGGACCAGAAGGUCCGAAGGGGCAGCCAGGUCUUCCAGGACCACCUGGGCCUCCAGGCCCACCAGCACGCUUCAGUUUUGAUGCCCUGGAUUCUGAAGGCUCAGGACUGGGUGCAGGCAGUGGUUUCAGGCCCAUGCUCCCUAAAGGGCCACCUGGUCUUCCAGGCCUACCUGGCCCCAGAGGACCACAGGGUAAAGAUGGUGCGGAUGGUCCUCCUGGUGCCUCAGUAAAGGGGGAGCCUGGACCUCAAGGACCGGAUGGGUUACCUGGACCACCUGGGCUUCCUGGAAGAAAUGGAGAGAGAGGAGAGAAAGGUGAUAUGGGAGAGAAGGGAGAGAGAGGUCAGGAUGGGCUUAGUCUUCCUGGCCCACCAGGGCCACCCGGACCACCAGGACCUGUCAUUAACCUCCAGGAUUUAAUGCUGAAUGACACUGAUGGCGUCUACAACUUCUCAGGGAUUUAUGAACCAGUGGGGCCAAGAGGUCCAAAGGGUGACACUGGAGUUCAGGGUGCUCCAGGCCUAAAGGGUCAGAAAGGCGAACCAGGCAUCACACUUGCUGCAGAUGGGACUGUCUUAUCUGGAGUGACGGGGCCGCAGGGGCCGAAAGGAAUGAAGGGUGAAAUUGGUGUCUCUGGACCUCCUGGAAUAAGAGGCCCUGUCGGACCAGCCGGACCUAAUGGGGAAUUUGGGUUUCCUGGACGUCCGGGUCGUUCUGGUAUAAAUGGACGCAAGGGAGAAAAAGGAGACUCGUCUGGACUACCGGGCCCACCUGGUCCUCCUGGCCCACCUGGACGUCCUGGGAUAUUUAGCUGCCCUAAAGGAACAGUGUUCCCGGUUCCUCCUCGGCCUCACUGCAAGAAGACUAUCAAUGGAGAUUCUACUUCAGAGGGAGCUAACUGUACAUCCUCAGGAGCCAAAGGGGAGAAAGGUGAAAGAGGGCUCCCAGGGCCCCCUGGACCCGCAAUUCCGAUGCUGGAAGCAGGCAGUACGGGGCAGAAAGGUGACCUGGGCUUCCGGGGAGAGAAAGGGGAGAACGGAGAAGCCGGCAUGCCAGGGCUACCUGGAAGAUCUGGGCUUGUGGGUCCUAAAGGAGAUUCCAUCAUUGGGCCUCCUGGUCGUCCAGGACUACAGGGACCUCCUGGAGCCCCUGGCAUUGGGCGAGCAGGUGCGACUGGACCACCAGGACCACCUGGACCCCCCGGGCCACCUGGCUACAGCUCCGGUGCUGCUUACCCUGGCCCACCUGGGCCACGUGGACCUCCUGGUCCACCUGGACAAGCUUCUACAUCCUCUAGCUCAGUAAAGAAAUACUCAAGCCUAGAAGCAUUGAAGCGUGAUUCAUACAUGGAAGAAGUGGGGACAUUCGCCUUGGUUACAGACACAUAUAAACUCUACCUCAAAGUGUCAGGAGGUUGGAGAGAGAUUCAGCUGGGAGGACUGGUGGAGGUGUAUCCUUCUCAGUUCCUGUCACAGGAUGAUGCUGGCCCCUUAAUGCUGACCCCUCGACUCAGCAAUACCCCUACAAUCCACACAGGAAGUGCGCUCAGGCUGGUUGCCCUGAACACGCCACAGACUGGGGACCUGGGCUCCAUCCACUCAGCGAACAGGCAGUGCCGGCUGCAGGCUCAGGCUAUGGGGAUACGAGACGUGUACAAGGCCUUCCUCUCUCACCACCUGCAGGACCUGAGCGACGUGGUGCAGGCACCCUACCGCACCAGCAUACCCAUUGUUAACCUCAGGGGUGAGAUUCUGUUCAAGAACUGGGAGAGCAUCUUCUCCAACCAUCUCCUCCCUUCUGGGAUCCCCCUCUACUCGUUUGAUGGACGGGAUGUGAUGAGCGAUCCCUUCUGGCCACAGAAGGCCAUAUGGCACGGUUCCUCAGAGGGUGGCAGGCGUCUGGAUGAUAAGAACUGCGAGUCGUGGAGGGCAGGCGACAUGGCCAUCACCGGUCAGGCUUCCUUCCUCUACAGCGGCCUGCUGAGUCAGCAGACCCGCAGCUGCUCCAACCACUUCAUCAUCCUGUGCAUCGAGACCAGUCCCGACCACAACACCAUCGAAGAGCUCAGACGGGCACAGUACCGCCACAGACGCUGGCAUUACAGAUACUAACGUCUGUGCCACACUACACAGCCUCUGCCACCAGACCGUCAACAUUCCAGAAGGUGUAAAUAUACGUAAGCUGAUCGAAGACCACAUCCAUUCGUCCAGAAGCCAAUAAGCCGCCACAGUGCGGCUCUUUUAUCAGGUUUUCACCACAUGGACAUCCGUAGCAAAAGCAAAGCCAUUUCUCUCCGAAUGUAAAGUGGCGUGACGUCCGUGUCUCAGCAGAGGGAUGCACCGGGCCUCAACCCCAAACUCGCUAUUUUGAUGCACUGUAUUUUCUCAUUUUUCUUAUUUUGUUUUUCAGUUCCGAUUCUCCAAAUCCAUAGAUGUCUGCUUUUUUUGUUACAUCGAGUCAUCGUUUCAUCUUGAAUAACAAAAGUGUCAGUAUUUAAUUUAAUUUCAGUGUUUUUUAUUUAUACCUGACCGCACAUAAUCUAAAUAUGUCAGAAAGAUUAAGGAUGAAUAUGUAAUUUAUAGUUCCAGUUGUUCAGAUGAACCCUGCUCCUGUUUUAAUGCCUCAUUGAUAAAAGAGAAGAUUUUAUACGGCAUCUCUGUUGAUGAAAAUGAUUUUCCUUUUUUUUGUAGCUCAUGGAAAUGUGACUGCAGAUUGUUUUUCCAGAGCGUAAAAAGUCCUUUCUUUCCAGUGUGCAUCAAUUUUAGAACUAAAAACUUGAGCAGUGUUUAGAGAGGAGGAGUAUUUUUUAUUGUAACUGGUGCCUAUGGAAUAAAACCUCUUUUUCAAAUA